AUAUAGUGGUACAGUCCGUCGACGUCCUGAGCGGGAGCGGAAAACGUGCGUCCGCCUGUGAGGAGAAGGAAGAGCAGCGGUCUGUGUUCCUGCUGCAAUAACACCUUACAGACACAUCUACAUAUCAUACUGUUUCCUAUAGGCGUCUGCACAAACUAGAGCUUGGUAAGGUGCUCAGCAUGACUCGAGAUUGGAAACCUGGUGAUCUGAUCUUUGCCAAGAUGAAGGGAUAUCCACACUGGCCUGCAAGAAUCGAUGAAGUCCCAGACGGUGCUGUGAAGCCAUCCAAUAUCAAGUUGCCCAUCUUCUUCUUUGGCACCCAUGAAACAGCAUUUCUUGGCCCAAAAGACAUCUUUCCGUACCAGCCCAACAAAGAGAAGUACGCCAAGCCCAACAAGAGGAAAGGCUUCAAUGAAGGAUUGUGGGAGAUAGAGAACAACCCAAAAGUUGAGCUCACUGCACCCAAGCCGGUCGCCCCUGAAUCUUUCACUGGAAAGGAUUCGGACAGCAGCCCAGAAGGAGAAGAGGAAGCAGAAGACAAGGGGAUAAAACCCAAAGUUCCAGGAAGUGAGGCUGAGCAGGAGAAUGAGAAUGAGGAGGAGGAGGAUGAGGAGGUGGAGGAGGAUGAGGAGGAGGAGGAGGAGGAGGAGGAGGAGGAGGAAGGGUCUCUGAUCUCUGAGCAGGGUCCUCAGAACCAGGAUGGUUCUGCACAGAAAGAAUCCACAGAUGUUCCUAAACCCAAGAGAGGAAGAAAGAAAAAGAGUGAUGCUGAGCAGGAGACUGAAAAACACGAUGCUCCCGCCAGUCCCGUUAGUCCCUCAGCAGGUGCAGAGGCUCCUAAACGAAGAGGCAGGAAGCCCAAAAGUGAGAAGUUACUUUUGCUUAAGCAGCAGCAGCAGGACCAGCAAGGCUCAGGAAAUGAAAUGGACACUGCUGAGUCAGACAGAAAGAGAAAGAGGGCAGCAGAGGACAAGUCCAAGAGUGGAGAGGAGGAGAAGAGGAAGAAGGAGGACGGCAAAGGAAAGGAAGCAGAGGUGAAGGAGCCUGAAGCCAAGAAGAAGAAGAAGGAAGACGGCUCCUCAGGCUCUGAUGAUGAAGAGAAAAACAAAGGCAGAAAGAAAAACUCAGAAAUGGACAAAGAUGUGCGGCGACGGAAAGCGGAUGAAUUGAGAGAGCCAAACAAAGAUGAUGGGAAGAAAAAUGAAGACAGGACAGGAGGCAAGAAAAAGGAAAUGUCAACUGACCUGAAGCUGCAGAGCCUGCACAGUGAAAUCAAGAUUUCACUGAAAAUUGACAACCCUGAUGUGAAGAAGUGCAUGGAGGCGUUAGAUGAGAUUAGUGCCCUUCAGGUCACAACCCAAAACCUGCAGAAACACAGUGAACUGAUUUCCACACUCAAAAAGAUUCGCAGAUUCAAGGCCAGCCAGGACGUCAUGGACAAGGCCACCAUGUUGUAUAACAAGUUCAAGAGCAUGUUUCUGGUUGGAGAGGGCGACUGCGUGCUCAGCCAGGUACUCAACAAGUCUAUAGCUGAACAGCGGCAGCACGAGGAGGCCAAGAAAGGAGCGCUGAAGAGAGUGGAACAAGCCAAGGAAAAUAACCCAGACAAGAUGACAAAUGGUGAUAUCAGCCCCGAAGAGAAGAGGCAGGAGACGGAGAGAGAGAAGCUUCUUGAAGACACCUCAGUGGGAGAAAAUCACAGUGCCCCAAAAGCUCAGGAAGAGUCCACUUGAGUGUCCUACACGCCUGAAGAAAAAAGAGAAGACAUUUGCUGCUGUACUCGUACAACCUUUGUCCAGACUGGGCUGACCAACUGGGAUCUUCUGUCCAGUUCCUUUUUGAUGACUGAUCAUGAUCACUGGUUUCCAGUUUACUUACUGUUCCUGUCAGUGUUGCUGCUUAAUCGUUUCAGUACAUCAAACCCCUCCACUCCCGAGAUAGACUGACUGCAUAUUUUAUUUUUUUUACUUUGUGUGUAAUCUUUACCUUUCAGACUCCUUGUGUCACACCUGUUGAAUUUUGAGUAAUGGCUGUGUAAUGAUUAAGAACUUGUAGAUUUGCAGCACCAAGAACUUAGAUCUUAAUGCGCAUGCUCACAGAUACAAGAGUAGUACCAUCUGGUCCUAUUUUGUCAUCGUACUCAUUGCAUUUAAAUAGUUUUUGACAUUUACAGAAUCAACAGUUUGAUCUUAACUUACAGAUUAUGUGAAAUGCAGAGGUUUAGUUGUGGUUAGAAGCACCAUUACCAUGUCUAAUCAUAUUGGCUGCAACAUUCCCCAGUUUGCCAAAGUUCACAGUAUUUGGCCAAAUUUUCUCAAACAUGUUCAACUGUCUGUUUUAAAACUUUUGUUUUUAACGUAGAUGUAAAUAAGAGUAUUUUUCUGCCUGUCUGAUGACCUGUUUCCGCAUCCAAUAAUAAAGUAGAACAUAUAGUA